GAGGUUGCUGCUGGCACAAGCUCAGGCGUGUCUGGCGGACAGCUCAAGUGGGACUUGGGGCCGGCUGAGCCUCGCAAGGAACCCCAGCUCGGAUUCUCGCCAAGAUGGCGAUAGAGGGGAGGGAGAGGCAACGGCAGCGGCCCCGGCCCCGACUCCGGCCCCCGAGGCCGCGCCCCCGGAGCUGCGGCUCCCUGGGCCAGUGACACUGUGUGCCCCUUCCCCGGCAGGCAGCGGCCGCGGCGCCCGGGGCUCCCUCCCAUGGCGCAGGGAGACGCCCGUCGCAGCCUCUGGGUGCUCUCGCUGACCUUCUGCGCGCUGUCCGUGCACGGAGAGCAGCUGUUGUCACAGGAGACAUCCUUGGAGUUGGGCUGUGGUGUGGGACCGCUGUAUGUGACCCUGGGGCCUGAGCAGGCAGUGGUACUGAAUUGUAACCCUGCACCUGCCCCUUCUGGGCCCCCAGCUCAAGUGACCUGGCACAAGGACGGGAGCCUAAUACAAGAGAAAAAACACCUGCGUCUGCUGCCCAAUGGUUCCCUGUGGGUGUCCCAGGCAGCCCCCCAGGAGAGUGGCAAUGGAGGGGUCCUUGAAGCCCCAGGGGACAAUGAAGGCAACUAUUCCUGCUUGGCCCACAGUCCCCUCGGAGUGGUGGCCAGCCAGGUGGCUGUGAUUAGGUUCUCCACACUGUCACAGUUUUCUCUACAUCCGGAACCUCAGACCGUGGAAGAGAAUGGGACAGCUCGCUUUGAGUGCCGAAUUGAAGGGCUGCCAGCCCCUGUCAUAACCUGGGAGAAGGACCAGAUGGCAGUGCCGUCUGAGCCAAGACUCAUCACUCUUCCCAAUGGUGUCCUGCAGAUUGUAGAUGUGCAGGAGAGUGACGCAGGGGCCUACCACUGUGUGGCCACCAACGCUGCCCACCAGCGCUACAGCCAUGAUGCUGUCCUCAUUGUCCACAAAGGCUCCCUCUAUCCUCCUAGUGUUGGGGAUGUGACCAUUGUGGCUGCUCCAGAAAACACCACAGUAGUUGCUGGUCAGAGUGUGGUGAUGGAGUGUAUGGCUUCAGCUGACCCCACCCCCUUUGUGUCCUGGAUCCGACAGGAUGGGAAGCCAAUCUCUACAGAUGUCAUCGUCCUUGGACGCACCAACCUUUUGAUCACACACACACAGCCCCACCACUCUGGUGUCUAUGUCUGCAGAGCCAACAAGCCCCGUACCCGACACUUUGUCACAGCUGCUGCGGAACUCCGGGUGCUGGCAUCCCCAGUCAUCUCCCAAGCCCCAGAGACCAUCUCCCGUACGAGGGCGAGCACAGCACGUUUCGUGUGCAGGGCGGAGGGCGAACCAGCACCAACGCUACAUUGGCUACGGAAUGGAGAACCGCUGCUGUCCAAUGGAAGGGUCAAGAUCCAGGCUGGCGGAGGCAGCUUGGUCAUCACACAGAUUGGCCUGGAGGAUGCUGGCUACUACCAGUGCGUGGCCAAGAACAGACUAGGGACAGCAUGUGCCACGGCUCGCCUGGCUGUCAUUGUCCGAGAGGGGCUGCCCAGUGCCCCCACCAGAGUGGCUGCCACCCCACUGACCAGCACCUCAGUCCUGGUGUCCUGGGAGCGGCCAGAGCUGCACAGUGAGCAGAUCAUUGGCUUCUCCCUUCACUACCAGAAGGCACUGGGCACAGACAACGUGGAGUACCAGUUUGCUGUCAACAAUGACACAACAGAGAUGCAGGUCCGAGACCUGGACCCAGACACCGACUAUGAGUUCUACGUAGUGGCCUAUUCCCAGCUGGGAGCCAGCCGCACCUCAGCCCCUGCCCUCGUCCGUACCCUGGAUGAUGUACCCAGUGCUGCACCCCAGCUUUCCUUGUCGAGCACUACUCCUGGGGACAUCCGCCUGACCUGGCUGCCUUUGCCACCCUCCUUGAGCAAUGGGAAAGUUGUGAAAUAUAAGAUUGACUACUGCACAUUAAGAGAAGAUCAAGUUUUUUCCACUGAGGUCUCUGGAAAUGAGACACAGCUCAUGUUAUACUCCUUACAACCCAAUAAAGUGUACAGGGUGCGCAUUGCCGCGGGCACCAGCGCAGGCUACGGGGCCCCCUCCCAAUGGACACAGCACCGAACGCCCAAUACGGAAAACCAGACCCACAGUAUGGACAGCAGAGGGAUGUGCUGUGGGAGAGGAGUCCCCUUUGCUCCCUCAGAUUUGAAGGUCAGGGCGAGGAUGGAAUCCUUGGUGGUGACGUGGCAGCCGCCUCCUCACCCUAUCCAGAUCUCAGGCUACAAGCUGUACUGGAGGGAGGUGGGAGCUGAGGAGACAAGUGAAGAGAGGUCUUCCGGUGGUGGGAGUCGUGGGGACCAGGUCUGGGACGUGGGGCCUGUCAGACUCAAGAAAAAAGUGAAGCAGUAUGAAUUAACUCAGCUAGCACCUGGACGACUGUAUGAAGUGAAGCUUGUUGCGUUCAACAAGCAUGAAGAUGGCUACGCAGCCGUGUGGAAGGGCAAGACGGAGAGGGCACCCGCAGCAGACCCACCAGUCCAGAAGAGCCCACCCCUGCCCCCAGCCCAUGUACAUGCAGAGUCCAACAGCUCCACAUCCAUCUGGCUGCGGUGGAAGAAGCCAGACUUCACCACAGUCAAAAUUGUCAACUACACAGUUCGCUUCAGCCCUUGGGGGCUCAGGAAUGCCUCCCUGGUCACUUACUACACCAGCUCUGGCGAAGACAUCCUCAUUGGGGGACUGAAGCCAUUCACCAAAUAUGAGUUUGCAGUGCAAUCCCAUGGAGUGGGCGUGGAUGGCCCAUUUGGUUCUGUGGUGGAACGUUCUACUCUGCCUGACCGGCCCUCCACCCCUCCUUCUGACCUUCGCCUAAGCCCUCUCACCCCAUCUACAGUCCGACUCCGCUGGUGUCCGCCCGUGGAGCCCAACGGGGUGAUUGUGGAGUAUCUGAUCCUUUACAGCUCCAACCACUCAAAACCUGACCACUUGUGGACUCUGCUCACCACAGAUGGAAACAUCUUUAGUGCUGAGGUACAUGGGUUGGAAAGUGACACUAGGUAUUUCUUCAAGAUGGGGGCACGGACAGAGGUGGGACCAGGGCCAUUCUCUGGUCUGCAGGAUGUGCUCACCCUGCAGGAGAAGCUUUCAGAUGUCCUGGACGUGCACUCGGUCACAGGCAUCAUUGUGGGUGUCUGCCUAGGCCUGCUCUGCCUCCUUGCCUGCAUGUGUGCUGGCCUUCGAAACAGCUCCCACAGGGAAUCACUCCCUGGCCUGGCCUCUCCCACUGCUGAGAACCCUCGACUUUACUCCCGUGCCCAGCUGGGUCCACCUGGUCCACCUGCUGCCCAUGAACUCGAGUCCCUUGUGUGUCCUGACCCCCGGCUCCAGGAUGGGUCCCUCUCUCCUUUCCCAGAUCUUGACGAGGCAGCUGAAGUGCACAGCCUCAUGGGCGGUGGCAUUGAAGGUCGCGGUCACACCAAGAGAAAGGUCACAUGGGCUCAGUCUGGAGGGCUGAGCUGGUCAGGAACCUGGGCUGGAUGUGGGGCACCUCAGACAGGGGCUAACUCUGCUCUGACCCAAGCCCUGCUGCCCCCAGCUGGAGCAGGGCAGACCCUGCUACUUCAGGCCCUGAUGUAUGAUGCCAUGAUGAGUGAUGGAAGAAAGAAACCUCUUUCAUCUUGCAGAAACCAAGUGGAGGCUGAUGUCAUUGUCCAUUCUGACUUCUCAGCAUCCGAAGGGCACCAUGAUCCUGAGCUCUAUGGCCCAGAGCCUAGGGACCCCACACCCCAUGGGUCUCCAGCCUCCCCCUCCCAUAUCAGUGAGCUGGGGCUGGAAACAGACUGGCCAGGUAGAGACCUGGGAGGAGGUGAGCUAGAAGCCACAGGGCUGGACACACAGACUCACCAGCCAGAGGCAGCUAGUGUCCAAGACCUCUGCAAUGGCUUUCCCCAGCAUGGAGAUGCCUUGGAGAAAACAGCCACUGAGUACCCUGAUACCUAUAGGGGUGGGCAGCUGAUGAAGGGAUCCCCAACCCUUUCUGGACAACUAGAUGAGCUUCAGGGCAGCUCCUCUGGCCUCCACUCAUCCACUACAACCCAGAGUUUGUGGCCCUGAUUGGUAAAGCUUGGCACCCAUUUGAUCUGGACCAUGUGAAGCAACAUCUGCAUUUGUGCAUAUGUAUGUGUACCUCCUCGCUAAGCCAUGUGGAGACCUCCCUGGGGCCCCUUGGGAGGAGCCAGUGGGUGCCCUGGAGCAGUUAGAUCCCACACCCUAGGAGUCUGCUCUUCCCAAAGUGCCUCACUGCUCUUAGGUGAUCACUCCUUCCUGCCCCUUAAGAACUAGGCUCUGUUCCACAUUAUCAUACGUGUUCUUCUGAAGACCCGUGCAUACAUGUGGACACACACAUUUGGUUAGUGGGUUGGGAGGAAGGGUAUUGUGUUUGUUGGGGAAUCGUGGGCAUCUUCUACUAUUGGCUUUGCUCAGUGUUUAUGAGAAUGAGGAGUAAAUGGGUUAGUAGAUAAUA